AUAUGUGAUAAAUUAGUCUCUGCUACUCAUAUCAAAGGAACAUUUAAUACAGAUGACUUUUAUAAAUUUUUAGUUAAAUUUGGAUCAAAAACAGAUCGACAUUCACAAAAGGAUUCGUUUGGAUACAUAUUUGGGAAUAUUACUUCUAAAUCUAAUUUUACUUAUCCUCUAACAUUUGCUGUUUUGGAUAGAACCAGUUUUUUAGAAUAUUAUGGAAAUAGUACCAUAUUGGACAAAGACAUAGCCUGUGAGAGAAUGUUUCAUAAGCUAAAUGCUACUUCUUAUGAUCCGAAAUGCAAUAAGAAUGGACAGGAUUUUUUGAGAAGAAUACCUUGUAAGACGAAUGAAUUGUGUGUUGAUGAAGAUACUCCUUGGAAUGUUAUCAAAGGAAAUCAGUUCACAUAUGUUAUAAGAGAUUUGUACCAACCAAGAUUCUGGUAUGUAUCAAUGGUAGCAUGCUAUAGAAACUCUACCACAUGCAAAUGGCACCAUUACAAGCCUCCGAUCAAAAAUACUCAAAUAGAAUAUGAUUUCUGGUUAGUAAAUGGAAACCCAAAUCAUUCCUCCUUCAAUCCACUAGUUUAUCAAUUUUCUUUUGAUCAGCAAAACACUCUAGAAUUAUAUUUUGUGUUUUGGUGUGUAUAUGUGAUACUGGUUCCUUUGCAAUUGUACGCUGUAAGGACACAGAAACAUCCAGUCACAAAAUUAUUUACAGCAAGUUUGUUACUUGAAUUCAUUGCUAUUUGUUUUGCAUUGAUCCACGCCUUGAGUUUUGCAUUAGAUGGAAUUGGUCACAUUGAAUUGGAUAGAACUGGGGAUAUUCUAGAUAUUGUUAGUCGGACAUUAUUUAUGUUACUACUUUUGCUGUUGGCAAAAGGUUGGGCCGUUACAAGACAAGAAUUAACAACAUCGAACAAAUUAUUGCUUAUGAGCAUUUGGAUACCUUAUUGCGGAUUUCAUGUAGUCUUAUACGUAUGGAACCGGACCGAAGUGGAUAUAAUAUCAGAAGUUGAUGAGUAUCAAACAUGGCCAGGAUGGCUUCUUUUAGGCAGCAGAUCAAUUAUCAUGCUUUGGUUUCUUUGGGAAUUACGAAAUACCAUGAAAUACGAGCAUUCUAAUAAAAAGUUGGAUUUUUUACUGCAUUUUGGAGCAUCAAGCUUAGUUUGGUUUAUUUAUCUGCCAGUUAUUGCAAUAGUUGCAACACAGGUCAAUCCACUAUGGAGAUUUAAAUUAUUACUUGGGAUUACAUAUUCUGCUGAUUGCUUGGCAUAUUGUGUAAUGACUGGUCUACUUUGGCCUACUCGAUCAGGACAGUAUUUACUUUUAGCUGGCCCAAAUUAUGCAGGUAUGGAGGAACUAGAUGAGUUCAAUGAAGCUCCCCACAUAGUUCACGGUGAACCAAUUUUACAACUUGAUGGAUCAACAUGUGAUUCUCUUGAUGUUACUCCAACAACAUCAACAUUUAAUCUAGGCCCUAUGGAUAUGCAUGCUCCAAAUGUAGAUACAUAGGGGUCUUUGGUAUGUGAACAAUUUUAGAUUUUCUUUUUCAAAAUUUAAACCUAGUUAGGAUUACAAUUCGCUAAAUAUGAUGUUUUAUCAUAAAAAGAGCAUUUUAUGUUAAUUUCCAAAAUAAAUUAGCAUGUGUAAGUUAAGGGAUUAUUAAAUCACAAAGAUACCUCUGAAAUGGCAAACAAAAUAUAGCCAUUCUCAAACUUUAUUUUUUGAGGAAAGUUUGAGGAAUCGCAUACAAUUUUAUUAUUAAUGUAGAUAUUUUGUGUUGAGAUAUAUUCAUAAUUAAGUUGAUAGUUAUGAACAUUAUACUGUUUGCAUGUAUUUGCUGAGU